AAGAAUAUCCACCAAUUCACAUAGCCUUUUCAAAGCAUCUUGAAAAUGGCUUUGAAACUAGAAAGAAAAUUUAUCCUCUCAACCUUGUUAGUUUUGGGGCUUUGGGCUUCGCAAGCCAUGUCCCGCACACUACAUGAAGCAUCCAUGUCUGAGAGACAUGAGCAAUGGAUGGUCGAUCACGGGCGUGUCUACCAGGACGAUGCAGAGAAAGAGAUGCGCUUUAAGAUAUUCAACGACAAUGUGCAAUUUAUAGAAUCUUUCAACAGUGCCGGGAAUCGACCUUACAAAAUGAGCAUAAAUCAAUUCGCAGAUUUAACUAAUGAAGAGUUCCAGGCAUCUCGUAAUGGAUACAAGAUCCCAUCCGACCCAAGGCUAUCCAAAACAACACCAUUUAGGUAUGAAAACGUGACUGCAGUGCCAACUAGCAUGGACUGGAGGAAGAAGGGAGCUGUCACUCCCAUUAAGGAUCAGGGUCAAUGUGGAAGUUGUUGGGCAUUUUCAACAAUAGCUGCCACUGAAGGGAUCACUCAACUCACAACUGGUAAGUUGAUCUCACUAUCGGAGCAAGAACUGGUGGACUGUGACAGGAGUGGUAAAGAUGCAGGCUGUGAGGGUGGUUACAUGGAGGGUGGCUUUGCAUUUAUUGUACAAAACAAAGGCAUUGCCACUGAAACAAUUUAUCCAUACUCAGCAACUGAUGGAACUUGCAACACUAAAAAGGAAGCUUCCCAUGCAGCAAAGAUUAGUGGCUAUGAAAAUGUGCCUGCCAACAGUGAGAGUGCACUAUUGAAGGCUGUGGCUAACCAACCCAUUUCAGUUUCUAUUGAUGCCGGUGGAGCUUCCUUCCAGUUUUAUUCAAACGGGAUUUUCACAGGAGAUUGUGGGACUGAUCUAGAUCAUGGUGUCACUGCAGUUGGAUACGGGACAACCGCUGAUGGCACCAAGUAUUGGUUAGUGAAGAAUUCAUGGGGUACUAGCUGGGGUGAAGAGGGAUACAUUAGAAUGCAAAGAAACGUUGCUGCUAAGGAGGGCCUCUGUGGCAUUGCCAUGGAUUCUUCCUAUCCUACAGCUUAGAACCUAGAAGCAGCAAACAAAGGAUGAAUCUUCAUCUUGAGUUUGCGCUUUGGUCUCAGCAUAUUGUUAUAUACCUAUACAUGUGGUAUGCUACUUUUUCUUGUCCUGUAAAUCUGUGUGAUUCAAGCAGUAUCUAAAAUAUUAAACUUUAUUAACGAAACUGCAAUGUACUUGCACUUUGGUCUCAGCAUAUUGUUAUAUACCUAUACAUGUGGUAUGUUACUUUUUCUUGUCCUGUAAAUCUGUGUGAUUCAAGCAGUAUCUAAAAUAUUAAACUUUAUUAACGAAACUGCAAUGUACUUUUGGUUUA